UGUUCUGUUGUGAUAUUACUUAUUUUCAAAUCGCUCUUUGCAAUUGCUUUGACUGUUUUCAAGUUAUUGAUUUUAGCUUUUAAGUAAAUAUAUUAUUUCUAGGUAUUCUGAGUUAAUUUAGAACUUCGUUUUCAUGGCUCGCCAUGUGAAACCAGCAGAAGUCUACUAAUGUCACAUAUCAAGCUCAUCACGUCUCACGAGACAAAAGAGGCCAAAUCAUGGGUCAAAGGGCAGGCUUCAGAGGUUGCACUAUUUGGUUCACAGGGUUGUCUGGUGCUGGAAAGACUACGAUUUCUUUUGGAGUCGAAGAUUAUUUGUGUUCAUUUGGCAUUCCAGCUUAUGCUUUAGAUGGGGAUAAUGUACGACAAGGCUUAAAUAAAAAUCUUGGUUUUAGUCCUGAAGACCGUGAGGAAAACAUUCGACGUGUAGCUGAAGUUGCUAAAUUGUUUGCUGACAGCGGUGUUGUUGCACUUUCUAGUUUUAUCAGCCCAUUUGCUAAAGACAGAAAUCAGGCCAGACAAAUUCAUGAAGAUGCUGGUUUAACAUUCUUAGAAUGUUUUGUGGAUACUCCUCUUGAAGUAUGUGAGAAAAGGGAUGUCAAAGGACUGUAUAAAAAAGCUAGAGCUGGAGAAAUCAAAGGUUUCACGGGUAUAGACUCUACCUAUGAAAAACCAGACAAACCUGACAUCCAUAUUAAAGCCGGGGAACUUUCUGUACAGGAUAGUGUACAGAAAGUGAUCAAAUUGCUUUUAGAUAGAGGAAUUAUUCCAGAGUCUGUACUGGAUAGUGUGAAAGAAUUAUAUGUUCCAGCAAGUCGCUUGGAGAGAGCAAGAGGUGAAGCUGAAUCAUUGCCUUCUAUAGAAAUUAGCAGUUUAGACUUGCAGUGGGUUCAAGUCCUUGCUGAAGGUUGGGCAACUCCUUUGAAAGGAUUUAUGAGAGAAAGAGAAUAUUUGCAGUGCUUGCACUUUGGCUGUCUUCUUGAUGGUGGAGUAAUCAAUCAAUCAAUACCAAUAGUACUGCCUGUAUCUACUGAAGAUAAAGAUAGGUUGUAUGAUGUCUCUGCUUUUGCUUUGCGUCAUAAUGGAAACUGUGUAGCUAUUCUGAGAAAUCCUGAAUUUUUUGAGCAUCGGAAAGAAGAACGAUGUUGCAGACAAUUUGGAACAUCCAAUACAGGGCAUCCAUAUGUAAAAAUGAUUUUUGAAAGUGGAGAUUGGUUGGCUGGUGGUAAUCUAGAAGUGCUUGAAAGAAUUAAGCAGAAUGAUGGACUUGAUGAGUAUAGGCUAACACCUAAUGAGUUGAGGGCAAAGUUUAAGAAAAUGGGAGCAGAUGCAGUUUUUGCUUUCCAGCUGAGGAAUCCUGUACAUAAUGGUCAUGCAUUGCUUAUGCAAGAAACAAAAAAUCAGCUGCUAGAUCGUGGUUACAGAAAGCCAGUUUUAUUAUUGCAUCCAUUAGGUGGUUGGACUAAAGAUGAUGAUGUGCCUCUAAAAGUAAGGAUUUCACAACACAAAGCUGUUUUGAAUGAAAAGGUUUUAGACCCAGAAUCUACAGUUUUGGCUAUUUUCCCCUCUCCUAUGAUGUAUGCCGGUCCAACAGAGGUUCAAUGGCAUGCUAAAGCCAGAAUGUCUACAGGGUCCAAUUUUUACAUUGUUGGACGUGAUCCAGCUGGUUUGCCCCAUCCAGAUACAAAGAAAGACAUGUAUGAUCCUACUCAUGGAGCAAAGGUUUUGACAAUGGCUCCUGGUUUGACUCAACUGGAAAUCAUUCCUUUCCGUGUUGCAGCUUAUGACUUAACCAAAAAGAAAAUGGCACUUUUUAAUCCUAACCGAAAACAAGACUAUGAAUUUAUAUCUGGUACAAAAAUGCGCUAUCUAGCUCGCAACAAUCUGGAACCACCUGAUGGAUUCAUGGCCCCAAGUGCAUGGAAAGUUCUGUCUGAUUAUUAUCGUUCUCUCUCUGACAAAUCAUACUGUCAAUCCACGCAAUGAGUACUCUUGGAUAUAUUUGUUUAUAUAUGCAGUGAUGACUCGUGCACUUCCUGAAAGGUUAUGGGCUUAUAAACUGUAUCCUGUAAAAAUUACUUUGAUUGACUCAUACUGAUGUUCGUUAUUUGUCUUUCAGUAGUCUUACUGAUUAUUUCAGAACAAUUUCUGUUAAGAUAUUUUAGAACAAAUAAUUAAUGUCUUAUAAAUCUCAAUUACUAACCUUUAAUAAUGGAUAGAUCCUUAUUUAUUUAUUUAUUUUCUUUUCUUUUUACUAGUCAGUUCAAAACAUCACCAGAAAACAUAGCAUAUUUUAAAUAAUCCAUUUACCUAUUCAUUCUUUUAAUUUAAAAUAGAAAUUAUAUCUUCUUAUGACUGACUAUAAAAUUGUAUAGCUUUUCAGUGAGAAGUAAGUAUAGUGAAAUAAACUUAAUAACUGUACUCAAAUUGUUUUUUAAAAUAAUAAUGUUUUUAUUAUCUUGUAAAAUGUUUUGUAUAAGGUGCUGCAGUUUUUAGUCUUUUAGCAAAUUUUAAUUGUUAAACAAAAAUUUUGAGUUUGAUUGUAUAUAUGUAUGUAUAUCCUGUGCUUUCCUCUUAUUUCUAUUAUCACUCAUUUCUGUAUUGAAAAUAAUUUAAACUACAAGAAUGCACUGAAUCUUCAUUACACAAGUGUAAACUAAAAAUACACAUAUUCAAAAUUAUGCAUAAUUAGGCUUCUUAUGUAAUCUGUAUUAUUAAACUGUAUAAUGAAAGUAAUUUAAAACUAAAAAGUUUUCUUAAUUUACUGGAAAAUAAUAUUCUGUUAAACAGUAGAAGAUCAAAAAUUCACCUGCAUCUGAAUCUGCAAAGAUGCUCAGAUUUAAAUGAAGUUCACAUUUAAUAAGAUCCUUGAAUCACAAAACUGUUUCCAAGGCUACAUUGAUAAAUAUAUAACACAAUUUAUGGCCAUACUAACUUUAUUGAAACAGAUUGGAAUAGUAAUAAACUUUGUGGAAAAGAACUGUUUCUUUAUGCAAAGUAAAAUGAAGAGGAAGUAGCAAGUGUUUCAAGAACUCAAUAUUAUGAACUGAAUGAGAAAUUCUGGUAACUUAGGUUACUGCUAGAUGCUUGAUUAUGAAACUAUUGACAAUAUUUUAAAUCUUUCAAGAAUAAUUUGAUCAUGAUGGCAAUAUAGAAAAGUAAGUACUAACAGAAUUCAUCAUAAGUAAAUAAAUUUGCAGUACUCUAGUUCUAAAGUUUAUAUAGAACCUUUAUAUAUCUAAGUAGUAGGAUUAAAAAAGUAUCAUUAGUUGCUUUAAUAUCCAGUUCUUUGACAUGUUCUUUUAUUACAUUAAGAUACUGUUUAAUAAAAGCAGUUUGAUUUUAAUAGAAAACUCUCAGAUGUUUUUAUAAUAAUAGUAAUUGUAUAAUUGAUCAAGAAGUAAUGCCUGUAAAACCCAGAAUUGUUACUGUUUUAAAACAAAUUGCUGUAAAACAGAUACUUGAAUAAUGUAAAGAAUACUUUUUUGUGUUUCUUUAUAUAUAUAUUUUUAUGUCUCUUGUUUUGCUAUAUAAAAAUGUCAAAAAAAAACUGAAUUGCUUUUAGGUGUUUUAUUUAUUUUACCUUUUUUAAUCUAAGUCUAAGGAUUCUUACUUAAUGAUAUGAACUUCACAAAACUUUAAAAUCAGCACAAUCUCUUGUGAAUUUCUGGUUAUCUUCUACAACAUUAAAUUUUUGUCACAGUAUAUUGUUCAUAUUAUGUGAUAAAGGUAAAAUUUAUUUUUUUGUAUUUCUUAUGUGUAUUAUUUGAUAAUAUUAAAUAUGUUUUACUCUUUUAGUUAGAAAAGCAAAAAUGCUCUUGAUUUGAAAUGUAUGAUCAUGAAAUGAAGUUUUGAGUUUAUAAUAAUGAUUUAUAGCAGUUGGUGACAGAAAUUCUUACUUUACUUUGUUAAAUAAAAACUGCAACAUGUUGAAUUUUAUAUAAAAUUCAUGUGUGUUCUAUGUGAGGGAUGUUUCAUGUGCAAUGCUUUUUUUGUAUAUUAAACACCUUUUAUUUUUAAACAUUUUCAUUGGUGAUUUGUGUUAAAUUCAGAAUUUAGAAUGUAAAUUUUGAAUAUUUUUAUUGCUUACCUGUAUUAAAUUUGAAAUUCAGAGCAUGUCUUUUAAUUAACUUGAUAACAUAAUAACAAUAAUUUAAUUAACUUGAUAAACUUGCUAAUAUAAACAUACAUUAAUUGUCAUGUUUUGUUACCAUAUAUUUUUGUUUAUGCAUUCUCUCCCCCAAACCAAAAAAAAGUUAAUACAAUUACUGAAAACACUGUGCAUAGAAUUCACUUUCUGCUUAUUUAAUUAAUAUUAAAAUAUAAAAGUAAAAUGAGUCAUUUAAAAGUUAAAGGUAAUUUGUGCUUGCAACUGAUGAAAGUAUAUGAUUUUCCAGAAGGAUUUCAAUUCAGAAUGUUUGCCAGUUUUCUGCACAUUUAUGCUUUCUAGGCUAUUUGUAGUUCCCACUCUAAAUAUUUUCUAUAACAGUCAAAUAAAAUUAUUUUAUCUCGUAUGUUGAAUGGAUCAUUUACUUGUAAUAUUUUAUGUUUUGUACAGUCAAAAAACAAUCUAGAAGUUUCUCUUAGUGUUGAUGUUUUGAUAACUUCUUAUAACUUCUUGGUUAUUUUAAGUAUUAAUAAUAAUUGCUAGAAUAUUGAAUUUUAUCAAUUAAAAUUUCUCAUAAUUAUAUACCUGGAAAUGCAUUCCAUCAAAGGUUAAUUUUUUGCUGUUAUAAUGAAGAUGAUUCUUUGAUGGCUAUUUUUGAAAUAUCUUAAUUUUUGCUGUAUUCAGAGCAAUAAUAAAAAAUUAUUUAGACAUGAAUAAGUGAAGGUCUGUUUUAAAGAAGGUUUUAUUAUGGUCUAUCAGAACAUAAAAACAUUUGAUCAUAUAUGGAUUAUGCUGGCAUAAAUCCAUAUGAAAUAAAUUGCAAUAUUGAUAUUUGCAAUAUAUUUUUGAAUACUCUUCAUGAUAUAGUUAAAUUCUGAAGUAUUGUUAAAAUUUAUUUAUUGCAGAUUUUAUUAUUUAUUGUUGCAUAUUCAAUGGAUGUUGUUUUAUCUUAAUCCAGAUAACUUAAAAAAAUUAUUAUUUUGCUGUGUUUUAUUAUAUAUACAAGUUUGUAUAGUGUUACUUUAUGUGGUAUAAUUGCUGUACAUUUUUAGUUUUAUAAGAAUUAAUGAAUUUUUAAAUAUUUAGCAUUUUUUGUGGGUUAUGUGCCAGUAUUUGUAAUAAUAUGAAACAAUUAAUUAUUAUUGUUUAUAUAAUAUUGUUAUUUUUUGUUGCUAUUGCUGAUCAUAUAUUAAUAUAGUUGCAUUAUAUCAUUUUAAACAUUACUUAUGACAGCAAACUCUUGUGAGAAACCAAGCUGCAUUUUUAUUAGUUUAGAUUUUCCUAUGUAUUAACUGAUAAGGAUGCUGACCAAAUAACAAUAAAAUACUAUUAAAUCUAUUUGAGCAUAAGAAUAUUUUUAUACAUGAAAUAUGAAAAUUUAUUUUUAUGUAACCAGAAUAUAAUAACACUUUAGUAAACUGUACAUUUUUAUUGAACAGAAAUGUAGUAUACACUGUUACUUUUUAUAGAAUUGAAAGCAUUCACUGUAUAAUGAAUUUAAAACAUAUCUGGCAUAAUGGAUCAUAAUUUCUUUCAUAAGUGUAAUUUUCAUGUAGUCUACUUAAAAUUAUUCUUUUAUUAGUUUUUCAUAAUAGUAAUCUUUUAUAAAGCUAAUUAUCAGUCAUUUUAGAAACAUUUUGCAUAUAAAAAUAUAUAUCUCUGUUGACAGAUAAAUGGGAUUAUAAUAAAAUGCUCUUACUUUGCUAUUUUAUUUAAUUGCUUUUCAUUUUAAAUUAGAACUUAGGCAUGUACUUAAUAGUGAGCGCUAGUAGUUUUCUGCAUGUCAAAAUUAUUAAGUAAAUUAUGAAAUUUUCUAGAAGUAAUAUUUUUAAGAUUCAGUAAUUAAUUUAUUUAAUGUUAAGUAAAGUAAUACAUCAGCUUUUAUAAUUUUAAAAAUUUAAACAAUGAAGAAAAAUAUUUUAUUUUCUUAUUUUUAUUGUGCCCUUUAUGCAAGUCUGUGCACUUUCAUGUUUAAAAUCAAAAUGUAUUUCUUGUUAAAAAUUCUAAUAUUAAUAUAUAUCUUUGUUUUUAUCAGAAUUGAUUAGUUACUAUUCUUGUGUGAAUGUUUAUAUAAAAGAUAUAUGCUGUUAGCUGUGACAAAGGUUUCUGAAAUGGCUUCUUUUAAAAGAGUACUUGAUAGCAGUUCAGUUGCACAGAGAUUAGAAGCACAUUGUUGAAACUGAGCAUCUGAUUAUCUGACAUAUGUUUAAAAAAUCUUUUGUAAUAUAAUGCUAUUAAAACUGUCAUUAAACAAUUA